AUGAAUAAACAAAAGUCACAGCCUCCAGCAUCAGCACUUUCACACUCAUUACCGUUUUAUUCAUUUCCAACAGAAACAACUCCAAAGGAAAAAAUAUCAAAAUCACAGACUACAUCCAUUUUUUCACAUAACAUAACAUGUGAUCAUCCCAUAACAGGUGAGUUAGAAAAAUCCCCAUGGAUAAAGCAUUAUCGUAAUAUGUGUGCUCAAUUAAAAAUUGAUUUUGCUCAGGCAGAUAGAGAAGAUUUAUCGAAAUCAUGUCAAAAUUUAAACAAACUGAAAUAUUUGACGUUUCCACCACAGGUCACUACCACUGCUACUACGGCUCCGGUCAAUCUGUCUCCAGGUAAUCAUCAAACAAACAUGCACAAUGUAGGUAGUAAAUUUGUAUCUUUCCUACGCGGUGCAUUCCAUAGAAAGAACUCUAAUGAAUCAAUAUGUACGAGAAACAGAAAAUUAGAUGAAUAUGGUGAUGAGAACAGACACAGUAGGAGAACAUUGAGUACAAACUGCUUAUAUGAUUCUUCUACGCAAAAUGUAGAUAAGCAUUUCAUCUUGAAAAAAAGAAACUGUUUUUCAUCGUCGAAAAUUAAUUUAAAGAGAGUUUUAGAAGUUCAAAACUGUGACAGUCAGAUAAACGAUGAAAUGAAAAAUGUGAACAAAAGUUUAAUGUCUGAGUCGGUCAGUAAAACGUUUUACCCCUCUAUAAAUUUAUCCAAUCACUCUGUACAUUUUGAAAAUUCGCCGAUAAUAAAAUGUCGUUCUGCGCUCAACAAACCAUCAAACAGUUUAUCUCCUUCCAAGGAUAAAACAGUUAAACGUACAAGAUUUUCACUGCAUCCCUCCACGUGUAAUGCACCAUCUGAUUUAAUGAAGCCUAGAAACUCAGACGAACAAAUAUCUCAUAAAAAGUCUCUAGUUAAAGAAGAUUCUGAAAAAUUGUAUCGAAAAUGUAAUCAUUUUAAGGAGCUACAGAAUAUUAAUGAAAAACUGUUAAAUUUGGACGAAAAACAUAAUGAAACUGUAAAAGAGACUAUUCAGCACAGAAAUCAAGAAGAUCAAAUGAAAGAGUUACAUUCCUUAUCCUCUGACACAGACUUAAACACAAUAACUGAGAAAAAAGAUGAAAGUAAAUAUGACGGCGUGAAUCAUUCAGCGCAUUCUGAUCAAAUAAUUAAAAUGAGAAAAUUCCAUAAAAUUAAAAGUCGCAGCUUAACUUUUUUAACACCUGGAACAUACUGUGACAAAUCUUUGCCACGUGGUAAACUGUUUGAUGUAACAAAUAGUUUAUGUUCCCUAAGUGAAUCUUCUAGUAAUACUGUGAUAACAACAAAAGCUGAAGGUUCUGGAAGUAUUAUUUAUGGAAGUACAGGUAGUAGCAUGCAGUCGUUAUCGAAGUUUCUAACAACGCAUCCCCACAAGCUAACGCUAAUUAAUGUAGGCGAAUGGAAAAAUACAAACGAUAAAUCGGCACCGAUAAGCAGAAGUUGUGCUACAAUUCAAGGCUCAACAACUUUUGAACCAGUAUGUCGUCAGGAAGAUUUAAUGACAGAAAAUAAAUCAAAGAGUAAACGUCCCAGUGCAAGGUGUUUUAGCCGUUAUCGAACACGUAGUGAGUGCGCAUCUUCUCUAUCAUUGAAUAGAAAGAUUCACUCCAAAGGUUUGAACAAACAUUACCCACACAAACUGAAGAAUUAUAGUAGUUUGAUUCACAGUCUAGGUAGAAUCUAUUCAAAUUAUUACAAAACAACAAGUUUAGCCAAAAAUGAAAAUUAUGAGGCAGUAGAGAAAACUUCUGAGAGACCGUUGACUAAUACUAGACGAUUUCAGGGUGAUGGUGAUGAUUACGAUGAUAAAAGCAGUGACUUAUCACAGCUGCAAUCAAGAAACAGUAUUGCGAACAAUGUUCCACACAAGAGCAAAUGGCCAAAUAAUAAAAAUGAAGUAAAACCAAACGCAGAAUGCUCAAGUGAUCAGCAGUUGGUUACAGACGGCGUUGGUACUAAUGGAAAUUUCAGAAAUUUUACAAGCUGCAAACAGUCUAAAGAAAAUUCACAGGACGACUUGUUAGAUACAGUGCCUACUAAGGAAUGUACAUCAUCACCAUUAAGUAGCUUAUCUCAACCAUCUUGUCUUUCCGCAAUUAAUUCAUGUAAACAGUCAUUCAAUCUAGAACAGAAUCUUAGUGGAAGUACAAGUAAACAACAAACACUGAAAAGCCAGUCGGAUAAACAGAAUGAAAUAUCACCUACGGAGAAAUUAUAUACCACUAAAUUUGAAAAUAGCAAGACAACAUACGAGAAACAAUUAACUUUGACUUCGAAAUUAGACAAUGAGAAACACCUAAUUAAAACAAAUAGUAAGUCUACUGUAAAUGAUAACAGUGCUGUUGAGGCACCAAUUGUUGAACAAUCGCAAAAGCAAAAACACGACCAGAUAAUAAAAUCCUCAGAGACAAUACAAAUAUCUGAAAAAAAUGUUUAUCUCAGUUCAACAUGUUCAUGUCAUGAAAAUGAUAGGUUCCACAAAAUCAUCAAAACACCAUCACCGAAUAGUAAAGGGUUUUUAUCUCAAGACAAAACAGGAAUAAGUUGUAUGCAGACAACUAGUAGAAACUGUAAAAAUGAAGCAGAUGACGAGUUGUCAUUUUUAUCAAUGACAGAAACAAUGGCGACAACAACAACACCAUCUAGUUUAUGGUAUCAGUUACAUUAUCCAAUGCAUAGAGUUGAUUCAUUAGUGGACGAAAAGAUGGCUGAUGACUGCCAAAAUGAACAGGGCAAAAAGUACACCCGGAAACUAGUAGAAUCACAUCCGCAAGAUAAAACAGAAACAGUUUCAUCAGUCUCUCCAUGUACGUUAAUAAAUACAAGACAUACAUUUGACAAUAACAAUAUUACUUCAGUAGAUGUAAAUGAUACUAGUGAUUCAGUGAAAGAUUUUGUCAGUAAUCAGCCACUAGGAAAUCUCCACACUUCAGGAGUACAAUAUCCAAAACAGGUUACUCAACAAACCACUUCAGAUGUCUGUUUACAGACGGAGUAUUCCCCAAGUAUACACAAAUGUGUAUACAGUUGUCCUCAGAAUUUCUCUCCAGAUGGUAUGCAGCCAGCAUUACAUCCCGUAAUUCACUGUGUUGCACCACAUCCCUUAGUAUACUGUGUACCAUACGAUCACUACGAUUCUCUGUGUGGCUGUACAAACAGAUGUAUAUCAGAAAUGUCAUCGCAUGUGAAAAGUCCAAAUUCAGUACAAAAAUGUGUUCAAACUGAUUUACUAAUGGAAUCUUUAUCUGAUAACACUGAACCACUGAAUCAUAAUAUUAGUUUUAACAUCUGGAAUGAAAGUUUAAUAAAAGCUCGUAAGCUCCCUACUAACCAAAGCUUACAAUCUGAGGCUAUUAAUCAGUUACGAGAAUCCCGUUGUUCACAAUACUCUGGGGAGGUAGCCAACAGAUUACAAACUAUCUUGCCUAAUACACCAGUUGAAAAUCAGUUUACAAAUGAAUUGAAUGGAACGAAUUCACGACAAUAUUUGAUAUCAAAUGAAUGUGGACAUAGAUUACUAUGUGUCAUGCACCAUGUGAAUGACUGUGAGCAAGAUGAUAAUAAAAUGACUGGGAUGAGAAAAUGUUUUGAAAAUUCUAUCCCCUCCAGUAGGUAUUUAUCUAAAAGAUCCAAAAUACCAGCAUGGAAAGAUCAGAAGAGAAAUUAUAAAUCGGGUUAUAGACAGAACCCAUCAAAUCUACAUCAUUUUAAUAAGCACAUGCAACUAAAUGACGAAGAUGUCAGUACAUCUGAUCUAUCAGAAAUGACAGCAAGAAAAUAUCCAACUUCUGCACUAGCAAAUUCAGCCCACAGUUACUGUUCAUGCAGACGACAUAAAUUUGAUAUCAAAAGAAAAGGAAUCUCAGACUGGCAUACACAACACCAAGUACACAAACAACAUGAAAAUAUUUUGUCUUCAAAAAGUAGUCAAUUAUCACUAGUUAAUGCUUCGCCGAUACGUUCUGGCCGAAGAUUAUCAAAGGAAUGUGAAAAACAGCACAGCAACAGAUUCACUUUAAAUGAAUCUCUUGAAAAAAGCGAUGGGUAUGAUAAAUUAUCGUAUUCUCCACAAGUUCGAGAGGAAUUUGGUGAGAUGGAUACUUUGAAUCGGAGAAGAAGCUAUUCAAAACCAAAGAGUGUAUCGUUUGAAAAUUAUACACAGGCAUCGUCAUCAUUACGCGAGUCAAUUCAUGAUGAUAUAAAAGACAUUGAAGAUAUUGAACCAUCUGGUGUAGCUAAACAAAAGGCUAAACAGCGUAGAUUUUUGACUGGAAAACAUUUUAUGGAAGUUUUACAUGGCAAAAAUAUUCUUCUGUCAAAUGAUCAUUCAAGCAGACCUCAAAUAAGAGAUGAUCAGUGUGUAAAUGUAACUUGUAGUAGAAGUAGUAGCAUAAGAAAUAAGAGUGGAAAAUUAUCUAAACAAACUCCUGUAGUGACUAGGCAAACUUCACUUGGUGAUGGCAAACUAAAAUCUGAUGAUAAACACAAGGAUAUACGUAGGGCACCUACCUGUACAAGGAAAACAAUACGUCAAGAAAAUCAUUUCCUAAGGCACACAUUCGCAUCACUACAGAAAGUUAAGAGGAAACCAGAACAGAAUAUGUUCAUUAAUAGACCUCCAAUGGUAUUUAAGUGA